CAAGUGAAGGUCACAUUUCAAGGAUUUUUAAUAAUUUAUUGGAAAAAUGAGAAACAUUGUGCUACAGUAUUAGUCAGUGAGUCAAUAGGAUUGUGUUCACCUUAUUAUAUAGAUGAUUAUUGAGUUUAAUAUGAUCAGAAUUUCAAUUAUGCUGUUCUGUCAUAUUCGUGUAGUUUGAAGAAAAUUGAUUGAAAUAUUAAUCAAGGAAAAUCUGUUAUAUCAGUCUAUCAUAGACUCAUAGAACUGUUUUGAAUAUAUAGCUGUAUCUGCUCUUUGGAAGAAGAUAUUAUUUAACACUGUGAUUUUAGACAAGAGUGACAUGGAUAUUUAAACUGUUAAGAGUAAAGUAAUUUAGACUGAAAACAGUCGCUAUAUAUUACACUGGAUAUUCAAAUCUAAUCUUUAAACAUGUAUGAUUCCUCAAUGUUUUUGAAUACUUUAACCCCCAAGUUUUACGUUGCCUUGACUGGUACCUCAUCACUUAUUUCUGGUCUUAUUCUGAUAUUUGAAUGGUGGUAUUUUAAGAAAUAUGGUACAUCGUUUAUAGAACAAGUGUCUUUGAAUCAUAUAUCACCAUUAUUAUGUGGAUCAGACAGCAAUGAGACAACAACAACAUCAAAUACAACUUCAACAUCAACAAAUACAACACAACAACAAACUAUAGCAGAUUGUAAGUUAUGGCGGAAUCCUUUAAAUCUUUUCCGCGGCUCAGAGUAUCAAAGGUUUCAGUGGGCGACUAAUAAAGAUCCAUUAACAUAUUAUGAUAUGAAUCUCUCGGCUCAAGAUCAUCAGACAUUUUUUACAUGUGAAGCUGAUGCUGGAAAGGCUGAAUAUGAAAUAAUGCAGAUGGCUUGGAGAGAGCGGAAUCCCCAGGCUAGAAUAAAGGCUGCACAUGAAGCAUUGGAGAAAAAUACAGAAUGCGUACCUGCAUUGAUAUUGUUAGCAGAAGAAGAAACAACCACAAUUUUAGAGUCAGAGAAGUUAUUUAAACAAGCAUAUAAAAUUGUGGAAGGAAAUUAUAAGAAACCUUUAUCUUCUCAACAUUUAACUCCAUUACAAGAAUCAGUUCAUAGAAGAGAUAAUAAUUUAGUUGUGUAUAUAAAAAGAAGACUGGCAAUGUGUGCUAGAAAACUGGGUAAAAUAAAAGAGGCCAUCAAACUUAUGAAAGAUUUAUUAAAAGAAUUUCCAGUUAUGAAUUUUAAUAUUCAUGAAAACUUAAUAGAAUGUUUGUUAGAAGCUCAGAUGUAUUCAGAAGUUCAGACAUUAUUAGCAAAAUAUGAUGAUAUAAGUUUACCAAAAUCAGCAACAAUUUGUUAUACUGCAGCAUUAUUAAAAGCUAGAGCAGUAGCAGAUAAAUUUUCUCCAGAUAUUGCUAGUAAACGAGGUUUAAGUACUGCAGAAAUGACAGCAGUAGAAGCCAUUCAUAGAGCUGUUGAGUUUAAUCCACAUGUACCAAAGUAUUUAUUAGAAAUGAAAAGUUUAAUAUUACCACCAGAACAUGUGUUAAAGAGAGGAGACAGUGAGGCUUUGGCCUAUUCAUUCUUUCAUAUAAACCAUUGGAAACGUGUUGAAGGCGCUUUAAAUUUAUUACAUUGUACAUGGGAAGGAACAUUCAGAAUGAUUCCUUACCCAUUAGAAAAAGGUCAUUUAUUUUAUCCUUACCCUACUUGUACAGAGGCCACAGACAGAGAACUUUUACCCACAUUUCAUGAAGUCUCUGUGUAUCCAAAGAAAGAAUUGCCAUUUUUUAUUUUAUUUACUGCUGGACUGUGUUCAUUUACUGCACUCCUAGCUUUGUUAACUCAUCAAUAUCCUGAGCCAAUGGGUGUUGUUGUUAGAACGAUGUUGAGUUGGUUGUAUUUACCACUAAGUUAUAUUCUUGAGAAGUUGGAAGCCAUUUUACCAGCUAAUCUAUUACACCAACUCUCACGCAUUUAAAUCUCAUCUCCACAGAUCUUUGUCGAGUUUCUGGAUAGCUUGUGACAGUCACUCUCAACUUUGAUACCCUUGAACUGAGACAAUUAACUGAAAGUUGCCAGAAUUCCUGGUAUUACAAUAUGCCUCUGAAAAUCAAUAAUCCUAAAUGAUGUGCCUAAUUGAGGAGAAUGGAUACCAUAUAACUCGGAACUAGUUAUAUUUCCAUUUUCCAAUGAAUGCAUGAAAUAAAUCACAGUAAAAAUUCUAAAAUGGGUUAGGCCAUGAUAAAUUUUAUAUUUCAUAUCUGAUUUUCAAUUUUCAUUUAAUGUGCUCGGUUAAGAUUUAUCCUUAUAUUUGAUUAUAAUAGGGAAAUGUGAAAUAAAAGAUUUGAAACUGCUAAAUGCAGGUCUCUGAUUUCGCAUUGAAGACAUAAUACACAUUCAAUUUAGAUGUAAUUAGACUCUAAAUGAGCUUAUGAAGGGUAUACUUUAGCAAUAUGAAAUUGUGUAAAUUUACAGUCAAUCUAGCAUUUAUUAUUAAAAGUUAACAGGAAAUAUAACUGAUAGUAUAACAGAUGCAUUGGAUACAUUACACAUAUAAAAGGAUUGUAUCUUUAAUGUUCUAUUUUCUGUAAAAUUAUUUUGUUGUAAGAAAGUAUUUGCUUAACGAUUUGGUCUGGAACUAAGAUUUUUUUUUACUUUAUGUGAAUGAAGAAAGAGAUAUGAAUCCUAGUCUUUAAAUGAAUAAGAAUAUUUUUGUAGAUAUCACAGGAGAAAUCCUGCUGACAUCAGACUUGUUAAUGUUAUGAAAUAAAUGAAUUUGCAAACAGC